AUGAGCAAACUGAUUCGUUACACAGUAAACCGGUCGAUGACAGACAGGUGUCCGCACGUGUACAGUCUGAUGUAUUCCGGAAACAAGACGUUGACGUCCGCCGUUAAAGCGAGAAGAAGAACCACGUCUUCCGCCAUUGAAGCAACGAAGAAGAAGAAAAAUAAACCCUUUUAGGAAGGAGCAAAAAAAAAUGGACGACUGUUGUGAGCGAGAGCCGCUGUUUACGUUCGGCGUGAUAGCUGACAUCCAGCACGCUGACAUCGAUGACGCCUUCAACUUCACGCAGACUAGAAAGCGCUUUUACCGGAACAGUCUCCGGCUGCUCAAAGAAGCCCGGGAGGCUUGGUGUCAGUCAGCCGCCAGGCCGAACUUCAUCCUCCAGCUGGGGGACAUCAUCGACGGCGCUAACAAGCGUCACGGCGCCUCGAGUGUCGCACUCGACCGGGUCCUGGAAGAGUUCAGCCUGGGCUCCAUGGAGGUGCACCAUGUGUGGGGCAACCAUGAGCUCUAUAACUUUUCCAGAAGCGAGCUGUUGUGUUCUCGGCUAAACAGCUCGGUGCUUGCCGACGGUCACUGCGAUGGAAGGCGGGCCGGUGGGGACAUCAAUGCUUACAGCUUCACUCCCUUCCCCGGCUUCACCUUCGUUGUGCUGGACGCUUUCGAUGUCAGCUUGCUGGGCGUAGAGGAGGACAGUCUGCGGUACUGCCGUGCUUUGUCGUUGAUAAAACAACACAACAGCAACGAGGACCUCAACUGCCCCCCAGUGCAAUUGGACGACUUGAAGCAGAGGUUCACAAAGUACAAUGGCGGCUUCAGUGAGACCCAGCUGGACUGGCUCAAUGAUGUUCUGUCCUCAGCUGACAAGAAACAGGAGAAAGUCUCACUUAUCAGUCACCUCCCAGUCCACCCAAGGUCCACAGUCCCUUCCUGCUUGGCCUGGAACUUUGACGAGCUCCUGUCCAUCAUCCAGUGCCACAGCAGCGUGGUGUGUUUCAUUGCAGGGCACGAUCACGAUGGUGGAUAUUACUGGGAUAAAAGCAUCGGAGUGCACCACCUGACGUUGGAGGCAAUUAUCGAGACUCCACCUGGCAGCAAUGCCUUUGGCACCAUCUCGGUGUACGAAGACCAGAUGGUCUUGAAAGGGAACGGGAGGAUCCCAGAUAUAGACCUUGUAUUUCCCUGAUGACGCUUAGUCAUUAGACUGACAUUACUAAACAUUUUAUUUUCCUUGUAGGCCAUCCAUUUUAAGAAAUGUACACCAUAUUUUGGAGGAAAUGUUAUUGCACUUUUUCUCUCUUUCGUAUUUGCUCCAGACUCUCUUCUUUUCAAUUUAGCCUAGGGAUGAUUUGAAAUCAUCCGCCUUGAAUGUUACUUUGUUUUCCCCUGUGCUUGAUCUAAAAUUAUAUGAAAAUUCUUAUAUGAAAAUUCUUAUCCAGACUUUGUUUUAAGUCACAGGGUUGGACAAACUUUUUUCACAGAAAAAUGAAAGAGUGAAGUCAAUUUUAUUUAUAUACUGGUAGUGCCAAUUUCCUACAGAAGUUAUGUCAAGGCACUUCACACAUACAGUAAGGCAGGUCAAGAACUGCGUUACUCAUAUUACAAAGACAAUCAACUGUACACCACAUGGGUAAGAACUUGGCGACAAACGCAGGGUUACCAAGGCUAUGUGGUGUGCUGUCUGUCUCGAACAGUUGGGUUAAUGUAGAACUGAAAAAUGAGUGGGGGAAGUACACAACACAGUAGUCCCAAUACGACAGCAAAGAUUGUAAUACUCCACUUCAGCACCAGGCUCACCAGGAAGCAGCAGACAAAUGUGAAGGUGCAAUGAUGCCUAUGCUGGCGAGCAGGCAGCACCAUUAGUGAAAACAAGACUACUUCAUUGAUGGGGAUGACAGCAAACCUAUCAAUAGAAAUAAACUUGUCAUUAUGAGAAAAUAGAGAUUAAAACUCAGUUAGUUUCGAAUCAAAUUCUACAUUUCUUAGGAAGCUAAUACAAGAGAAACACAAGCAACUGGUUCGUUCAUGGCCAUGGUUAUUACUUGUUUGUAGCAUUCUUUAGCCUGUAGGUCACAAGGGCGAGGACUACUUUUUUAGCCUCAAAUGGAAAGCAUUUAUAAUUUAAUAUUUCGCCAGUAAUUGAUAGAGGUAUUUUUAAGCCAUUUAUAGCAAUUAUAUCAUUAGGGACUGUGCAUCUGAGGUCCUGGGAACUAAAGGCUAUAAUUCAUGACUGGAUAUUAUACCUGCCACCACACACUGGUACCAAUCUAACAUGGCGGUCAAGGUAUUGAAACAUGUUUACGUUACAUCUCCAACAGAUUGGCAGGUCGUGAGUUCAAACCCCGGCCGAGUCAUACCAAACACUAUAAAAAUGGGACCCAUUACCUCCCUGUUUGGCACUGAGCAUCAAGUGUUGAAAUUGGGGGUUAAAUCACAGAAAAUUAUUCCCGGGCGCUGCCACCGCUGCCCACUGCUCCCCUCACCUCCCAGGGGGUGAUCAAGGGUAUGGGUCAAAUGCAGAGGACAAAUUUCACCACACCUAGUGUGGGUGUGUGACACUCAUUGAUACUCCAACUUUUAAGUUUAAUGUGUGUAUAUAUAUUUAUAUAUUAUACAUAAUAUUUAUAUUUAUAUAAUAUAAUGUAUGUAUAAUAUGUAUAUAUUAUAUAUGAUUUUUAUAUAUAUAUAUAUAUAUAUAUAUAUAUAUAUAUAUAUGUAUCCUCCCACCUCCAAAGACAUGUACCUGGGGAUAGGUUGAUUGGCAACACUAAAUUGGCCCUAGUGUGUGAAUGUGAGUGUGAAUGUUGUCUAUCUAUCUGUGUUAGCCCUCCGAUGAGGUGGCGACCUUUCCAGGGUGUACGCGGCCUUCUGCCCGAAUGCAGUUGAGAUAGGCUCCAGCGACCCCCAAAAAAGGGACAAGCGGUAGAAAAUGGAUGUAUAUAUAAUAUAAUAUUCAGAUAUUAUAUAUUUGAUAUUAUAUAUAUAUAUAUUUUGACAAGCGGUAGAAAAUGGAUGGCUAUAUAAUAUAUGCACGAAUAUAUGAUAUAUAUAUAUAUAUAUAUAUAUAUAUAUAUAUAUAUACAUACAAUAUAUUUACAUACCGGUAUAUGUAAUGUAUAAAUAUAUCCAGUAUUUGAUAGGCGCCAGCGCCCCCCGCGACCCCGAAAGGGAAUAAGCGGUAGAAAAUGGAUGGAUGGAUGGAUGUUUAUGUAUAUAUAUAUAUAUGUGUGUGUGUUUGUAUGUAUGAAUGUAUAUAUAUAUAAAAUGUAUGUGUGUAUAUAUAUAUACAUGUAUGUAUGUAUAUAUAUAUAUAUGUGUAUAUGUAUGUAUGUAUUUAUGUAUGUAUGUAUGUAUGUAUGUAUGUGUGUGUGUAUACACACACACAUAUAUUGCCCUCAGGCUCCACUGGAUUAAUUGCUGGGCAUUAGUUGAUUAAGGUUCAAUGAUAAAAUGUAGGGGGGGUCUUUCUUAAAAUUUUCACAUCCAUUGUUUAGCACUGAAAUGAACUACAUUUUAAUUUGGAUGGACAAAAAAUGAAAUUACAAGUGCAAUAUAGCCUACUGUAUAAGGAAAACAGACACUUUUGCAAAAGGUCAUGUUAACAUUGCACUUCAUAAAAUACAGCCAAGUGUUUUGAAAGUGACUUAAAUUCUUUGCUGUUUCAUUUUUGUGAACCCCUUUAAUUCGACAAGAAAAAUCUACUCUUAAAUAAGAAGCAGAAUUAUUAAUACACAAAAUUAAGUCAUUCUCAAACAUUUUGGCGACUGUAUUAAAUACAUUUGAUACUAGCAGUUCAAUGACAGAGAUUGCAAAUAGUACUGUAAACUCAACUUUAUUUUGUUUUGACAUGCAUAUUGUAAAUACCAGAUUUCCUCAUAAGAUUUAUUGUGAAAUGUUUGUAUGAGCUACAAUGAUGCCUUUUUGAUGACACAAUCAGCUCAAUACAUCGAUAUUGCACUAACACGCCACAUUGCACUUAACUCUGAAAUAUGACAAUAAAUAUACUUGAAUCGGCA